UGUUAGUAAAAGCAGCCAAUGGGAGGAGAGAAACCCAAAAGCCACGGAUAGCGAUCCGCGUAGUCUUCCCAAAAUAAAUCUCCACCACCCAUUCAAACGCCAAUAGUAAAUCUAACGUCCGCCAUUUUCCGCCUAAACUCUCCCGCCGAGCAAAACAAAUUUCAAAACCAAUCGUCCGCAUAAAAUACCAACGACCCCCUAAUCCUCACCACAGCAUCCUGUGAUCCCUCGUUUUCCUCAUUCCAAUUCCAUCAACGCUGCAAAACUCUAUCCUACGCUUUCACGUGUAGUGUCUUAGAUGGCUCGCACGAAGCAAACGGCCAGAAAAUCCACCGGCGGUAAGGCUCCGCGGAAGCAGCUGGCUACGAAGGCCGCUAGGAAGUCAGCGCCUGCGACCGGUGGCGUGAAGAAGCCCCACAGGUUCAGACCAGGGACGGUGGCUCUUAGAGAGAUCCGAAGGUACCAGAAGAGCACGGAGCUGCUAAUUCGGAAGCUGCCGUUUCAGAGGCUUGUUCGUGAGAUCGCGCAGGACUUCAAGACGGAUCUGAGGUUCCAGAGCGGCGCCGUGGCCGCAUUGCAGGAGGCUGCGGAGGCUUAUUUGGUUGGUGUGUUCGAGGACACGAAUCUGUGUGCGAUCCACGCAAAGAGGGUGACGAUCAUGCCCAAGGACAUUCAACUUGCCAGAAGGAUUAGGGGCGAGAGGGCUUGAUGAGAUUUACAGUGUUCAAUUUUCAUUUUAUCUUUAUAGUAUGUCCAUGGUGCUAGUGUUCUGCUUCUCACUGAUAUCUUGAUGGAAGUUUUGGUUGUUUUAUUGUUCAUUGUUCGAAAAAGAAAAUGUAGUGUUUUGAAGAUAA